UUCGCCCCCGUUAAAACACCACCUCCACCUCCUCCCUCCUCUUCAGUCUUUCCCACCUCACCACUCCUCCCUCCCAUUUCAUCCUCGCCGCUUAUCCAAUCCCUCUCCUGAAUCUUCGUACCCAGUCUCCCCGUCGUGCCACCCACGAAAUCGCACCCGUACUGCCGUUUUCUCCCCUCUCUGGGGGCGAUUUGGGUCGGGGAGUGCGGAGCUGGGAGCGUUUCCGACCUUCCUGGCCGUUCUUGGCGCUCCGGCAAGGGAGGACGGUUCCGCGAGAUCGCGUUUUUUUGCAUACAAGGUCGGGCGCCGGAAGCGUUUCGACUCGGCUGUCGUAGUUUCUCGGGGUGUUUGGUUUUCUUUCGGCCGCGGCUCUCGGGUUGGUGGCCGGGCCAGUGCAGUAACUCCUUUUGGCGGUAGCCUUUUCGGAGCUGCCGCUGCCGCUGCUGCUGGUGGGGAUGCGCCUUGCCUUUUCGCCGCCUCCGUUUGGCGUGAUUUCGAAGCGUUGGAGCCAUUGUUUUGGUUUCUGGUAGAUAAAAUCGCAUCUUUUUUGGGGGGGUUGGGGGGGGGGGUGGGUGGCUGGGACGAAGGUUCCGGACAAUGCCGAGCAUCCGAGCUCCGGCUUCCAAACAGACGGCCACACUACAGGUGGCUGUCAAGUGCAGGCCAUUGACUGACAGCGAGCAGCGGCGCUCGCGGCAUAUCAUACAGGUCAUUGAUGAUAAGACUGUAGUUGUGUUGGACCCUGAUCUGUCCAAGGACUACCUGGACCUCAUCCAAAACCGAACCAAGGAGCGAAGAUAUACCUUCGAUCAUGUGUACGCACCUGGAUGCUCCAAUUCGGAUGUGUAUAAGAAUAUAUCCUCUACAAUUGCUGGAGUAGUCCAAGGCCUUAAUGCGACAGUCUUUGCUUAUGGUUCUACUGGAAGUGGCAAAACUUACACAAUGGUUGGAACCCAUAGUGAUCCUGGUCUUAUGGUUCUUAGUUUUCGUACAAUUUUUGAGCUGAUAAAAAAGGACAGCAGUCCAGAUACAUUUGAAGUCUCGUGUUCUUAUCUGGAAGUGUACAAUGAGGUUAUCUACGAUUUGCUUGAGAAAUCCUCAGGACACCUGGAGCUUCGAGAGGAUCCUGAGCAUGGCAUAAUAGUUGCUGGAUUGAGAAGCAUUAAGGUUCACUCUGCAGAUAGGAUUCUUGAACUCUUGAACAUAGGCAACAGUAGGCGCAAGACAGAGAGCACAGAAGCGAAUGCAACUUCUUCACGGUCACAUGCUGUACUCGAGAUUACUGUAAAGCGAAAGCAGAAAGGACAAUAUGGUAGCCAAGUUCUUCGUGGAAAGCUUGCCUUGGUUGAUCUUGCGGGCAGUGAGAGGGCCUCCGAAACAAACAAUUUUGGGCAAAAGCUUAGAGAUGGAGCCAACAUUAAUCGGUCACUCCUAGCAUUAGCAAACUGCAUCAAUGCCCUAGGCAAGCAAAAUAAGAAAGGUCUUGCAUAUGUUCCCUAUCGCAACAGCAAAUUAACUCGAAUUUUAAAGGAUGGGCUGUCUGGUAAUUCUCGAACUGUCAUGGUUGCUACAAUAUCACCAGCUGAUGAUCAGUAUCAUCACACAACCAAUACGCUCAAGUAUGCGGACCGUGCUAAGGAGAUAAAAACACAUGUCCAUAAAAAUAUUGGAACACUUGACACUCAUGUUGAAGAUUACCAGAGGAUGAUCGACAACCUCCAGGUUGAGGUUUCUCAGUUGAAGAAAGAAUUAGCUGAAAAGGAACAUCAAUUAAGUGUAAAACCUAUUGAAAAAACUGCAGAUAGCGAGCUAUCUUGGUUAAAUGCGUUGAGCCAGGAAACUGGUGAGAAUGUUCAGGAACGCAUAAAUCUUCAGAAGGCACUCUUUGAACUCGAAGAAACGAAUAAGCGCAACCGAAUGGAGCUCCAGCAUCUUGAUGAUGCAAUUGCAAGGCAUCAGGUGAAAGAAAUGGACUCUACAGUUCUGCAAGCGUUAACAUCAAGGAGACAAGUUAUUCUUGACAACAUCCGUGAUAAUGAUGAAGCUGGUGCUGGAUAUAGAAAGGACAUUGAAAUGAACGAGAGUCGCAGGCGUCAGCUCCAGGAUAUGAUCGAGGAAGCUACCAGUAACAAUGGCAAUAGAACCUACCUGCACAUUCUCAGCCAGUACAGACUCCUUGGAAUGACUAAUGCGGAGCUUCAAAUUGAGAUGGCUAUGCGGGAUCAAGUGAUACAUAAUCAGAGGGAAGCUCUAAGGAGCCUGUGGAACAUACUUUAUGGAACAGGGCUAAAUCAGAAACAGAUUCUUAAAUUGGCUGCUAAGCAAGGCUUAACCGUUGAAGGCUGUCCUUUGCCUAGCUCAAGCCCAGAUGUUACCACCCCACCUUCCUUUCCACCACAUAGAAGAUUGCCACCGUUCAUGUCAUUUCCUAGUCCGCAGUCAGAGCCUUAUCCUCCAUCUGCUUGCUUUUUCCAACAUGGUUUCAGCACACUGUCUUUUCUCAAAAAUCAACAUGAGACACCUACCAUAUGUAGGCAGGAGCACCUCAGUUCUUACUACAUGAUGUCUGGCUGCUCGCCUUAUUCUGGUGAUGGAAAACAGUGGUCAAGUGGAAGGUCAAUGCCAUUCUUUUCUACCCCAGAAAAAACUAGGGAGAUGAGUGAUUUUUACUCGGGGACAGAAAAUGCACAUUGCCAACACAGCAAGGAGCGUUCUGGCAAUCAAGAUUUCAGUCUGCAUAGGAAGGAUCCCUGGUCCAUAGAAAGGAAAUGAAGGACCUCAAGAUCCUCCUUGUGCAGAAACAGUCACACAGCUGUCAUGGCAAUAAUAUGGCCUGAUGUUCCUAACCUCAAUCGCUGCGUGCAUCUUCCGCCAAGCGCCGAACACCAAUUUUACCGGAGUUCCUGAGAUCUGAUCAGAUGAUAGUAGGUUCAGCCAAGUUUGUUGCCUUCCCAUGGGCCAAGAGGCCAAGGUCAUUCUGAUGCUUCUAGAUCCUGCUUGACAUGGCUCACUGCACCCUGUACAGUAGCUGCUAGUUCUCAUGUCUUCCUCCUUUUCUUUGUAUAGUGCUCGCAUGGGGUGAAUCUGAUUUUUGGACCAAGAAUUCUGUAAAUUUGCCGUGAUUCUCGCCCUUCUCAGUAGAAACAAAAAAUGAAAAGCUUUCAA